AGGCACUGCGGCCCAAGUGCCAUAUGGCAAAGGGUCUGGGGGGCACCCAUGGCUGAUUGCCGCGGUCACGACGAAAUGUCGCAGGGGACAGCGGCCGAUGGGCAAAGAAUUUGGAACAGCGACGCCGAUAUGCAGCUACUCCGAGGACCUCGGGUUCGUGUCCCUCGACGUGGACUGGGAGUCCUGCAACGCCGUCUGUGGCUCUCGCUCGCAACUGAGGCUCUGCUCCCUCCGCUCGGGCGCCCACGCCGCGCCCGUCGAGGUGGCGCCAGGCUUGGUCUGGCAGCUGGCGGUGGAUUGGAGCAGGCCUGGGCCCCGCGUGCUGCGUGGAGAAGGCCCCCCGCGCUGCGAGCUGCGGGUCCACGACGUGGCUGCAGGCGCGGCAGCUUGCGGGCCGGCGAUGGCUGGACAUCGAGGCACCCCCGCUGCCGUCGCGGCAGACUGGGCCGCCGCGCGGGCCGUGAGCGGCGGCAAUGACCACGCCGUGCGCAUUUGGGACUUGAGCCGCUCCGCGCCCCUCGCCUCCAUGGCCGGCCACCACGGGCCCGUGUGGUGCGUCCAGGUUGAUAUGCAGGCGAUGCAGGCCAUCACCGGGGCGGGCGACCACACCGUGCAGCUUUGGGACCCGCGUUGGCGGCAGAUGCAAUAUGCCGCCGCCGGCGAGUCAUGGGACUGCCCGCAGUGCAACAUCAAGGGCAAGUGGGCCAAGCUUGACGCCGACCUCAAGAGGUUGCAGAAGCAGCUCAACGAGGAGAAGGCCAAGACCAAGGAGCUGGCGAACAAGGACUCGAAGCUCGACAAGGCCCGCCCAGCGAGCCGCGACGACAUGGACGCUGACGACGAGGACAUCGAGCCGUCCGAUCUGCAGGCUCUGCGCUGGGAGCUCAGACAGCUCGAGGCCUCGGAGGACAAGCACACGGGCGUCCAGGCUGCAGCCGACGAGUUGCGCGCCAAGAUCGCCAAGCACGUCAACGCGCAACAGGCUGCACUCUUUGAGAAGCAGCGCGAGCGCGCCAAGCUCCUUGAGCGGCAAGCUGAGGAGGCCAACAAGCAGCAGCUCGACGCCAAGGGUGCCGCGGACUUCAUUGGGCAGACGCUCAAGCGCUGUGCCGACUGGGUGGUGCUGGAGGGCGCGGACAACGAGCAGUUCCAGCAGGCCCUUGCGAGCAUGCAGGCAGCACUUGCACAAGCGGCCUCAGUGCAGCACGAUGCAGGAGCGAACGAGGCGCACCUCACUGGAGAAACGGACGAGCUCCAGCGGUGCCAGAGGCAAAAGGAGGGCGCCCGGGCCUUCUUUGCGGCUGCAGCCUGGGGGCGGCACAGGCUGAUCAGUAUGUGCCGCAGCACCAACAUCGAGGCGUACUGCAUGCCGCUCGCCGCGCUAACGAGGACACCGCCGCUGGCGGCUUCUGGGUUUUCUGACGGCACCGCCGUUGUCGUUCAGGCGGGGUUGGCCCUUGCUGAACCAGGAGUCCCAGGUUUUGCGAACGUCAUGUCCGGUAGGGCCGUCGCCAAGCUGGGUUACAGUGCGCAGCUGGCCCCGGGCGAGGCGCUGCAGGCGGCCGAGGACCUCGAGGCCAGUGGCCUCAAGCGCAAGCAAGCUCUACCAGAAGAUUGCCUCUUCGACGCUCAUGGAACGCUCGCGCCGCCUGGGCCCAAAGUCGAGUUUCUGGAUCUUCUGCUGCGCGCCGACCUGCUCCACAACGUCUCCCUCCAGACGAAUGUGGCGCCCUUGGAGUUCUAA